AUGGCCCUGCCUACUUCAAUGAAAGCGCUGAUCCUCAAAAGCCCUGGAAAUGGCGCCAUCGAGAACACUCCCGUACCGCAAGUCCUACCCGGCAGCGUCAUCGUUCAAGUCUUGCACGUCCUUGUCUACCCGGUAACACCAGACGUAUUUCAUGGCACGACUGCGAAUCCCAACAUGACUUUGCCUUAUCCGCUUGUUUUUGGCAGCCCUGCUAUUGGCCGUGUUGCCGCUAUUGGACCCGACACUACUGCCUUCAAGCCGGGUCAGCUCGUGCUAGUCGACAGCAACUUGCGGGCUCGUGAUGAUCCCAAUGUCUCGGCCGUCUGGGGUGCCUUUGACGGCUUCGACGAGACAACUAAACGCUUUGUCAAGGAGACUUGGCGAGAUGGUGCUUGGGCUGAGUAUGUCCGCGCGCCAUUGGAGAGCACUUGGGCACUGAACGAAGACAAGCUUAUUGGAAAGUUGGGACUCAAGACUGAGGAUCUUCUGCACCUGGGCCUUCUGCCCGUCUUGUACAGCGGACUGCGCAAGACUGACGUCAAGGCUGGCGAGACAGUACUGAUUGCGCCAGCGACGGGAGUUUUCAGCGGCGGCUGUGUUGCCGUGGCUCGGGCGAUGGGCGCAAAUGUCAUUGCUGGUGGCCGUAGUGAAGAGAGUCUAAACGCCCUGAAGGCUCGUUUCCCUGGGAUCCAAACAGUCAAGUUGACUGGAGAGCCCAGCGACGUGGCUGCCAUCCAAUCUUUCGGCAAAAUCGAUGCCUUUGUGGACGUGGGGCCCAGUGCUUCUACUUCUGCGACUUAUCUAAACACGGCUAUGCUUUCUGUUCGCAAAGGUGGCCGGAUAUGCCUUCUUGGAGCCCGUGGAGAUGCUACUCUGCCAAUACCGUAUCUCGCAAUGAUGUUCAACGACAUUACAAUCCGGGGCUCGUGUAUGUUUGAGGCAGAACAUGUUCGUGGACUGAUUCGGAUGGCCGAGACGGGCAUUUUGAAGCUCAGUGGUGAGGGUGGCUUUGAAGUCUUGGCGUCGUAUCCGUUUGACAAGUAUGCAGAGGCGCUGGAGCGAGGCCGAGAAAUCUCUGCUGGACAAAUUGUUGUUGUAAAUAUCUGA